AUACCCAGAUAACUUAUCUUCCUUUCCGACUCUAUCAUUUCAAAAGGGCAGCAACCAAAGGCCCAGACUUCACGCACGCAGACACAGAGACAGAGACGACACACAAAGAGAAUGCGAAGCAUUACGCUCUCAGAGAGCGUGUUGGCGGCAAAGUCACAGCCUUCAUAUGCUAGACAUCGCAGGCCAUUCACCCGUUGUUUCUUGUUUUCUUUGAGUUCACGCCCGAAGAAGCAGAAUUCCAAGCCUUCUCGACCAGACCCAAGUCUCAUUUUCUCGAGGUAUUCAAGCAGAUGUUCUGCAAACACUGGAUACUUUUUACAAAGAACAACCAGAACUUCAGAUGGCCUUGUACAAAUAAAUUUCUUCACUGAAUGGGAUAAUGAAAAGGUAUUAAGAUGUCUUAACUAUAAAGCCUAUAAAGUGAAUACAGAAUCAAAGCCAGUGAUGGAUGAUUGUUGUGAUUUGUACGAAUCACUUGCAAAGAAUAAUUCAAGAAGAGAGUGUCACAUAGCUACUGAUAUACUUGCUUCUAAUGAUUCAUUCGGUGGUAUUAUGAAGUUUUUGCUGGUGUUUGGGUUUCUCACACUUCAAGGCUCUCAACCAGCACUUGCUGUUUCAGACAUUGCUAGUGGGCUGCAGUCAAUCCCUUAUUUAGGGGACCUUGGUGAUAUUAGCACAGGUUUUGCUUCAGCAUUCUUGCUGAUCUUUUUCUCAGAACUAGGGGACAAGACCUUUUUUAUUGCGGCGCUUCUAGCAGCUAGGAACUCUGCUGCUGUUGUUUUUACCGGAACUUUUGGUGCACUUGCGGCAAUGACCAUCAUAUCUGUUGGUCUUGGACGAACUUUUCACUACAUUGAUGAAAUCCUACCAUUCAGGUUUGGUGAAACCGAUUUGCCCAUUGAUGACAUCGCUGCAGUUUUCCUUUUGGUAUAUUUUGGGGUUUCAACCUUGCUUGAUGCCACCUCAAAUGAUAGUCUAAAAGCAGAAGAUGAACAAAAGGAGGCCGAGUUAGCAGUUUCAAAAUUUUCAGGAAAUGGUGCUGGGAUAUUAUCUGCCGCUAGUACCGUUAUUAGCACCUUCUUCUUAGUUUUUGUUGCUGAAUGGGGUGACAAAUCAUUUUUCUCCACAAUAGCACUUGCUGCUGCAUCUUCGCCCCUUGGAGUCAUCGGGGGAGCACUAGCCGGUCAUGGCGUCGCAACUCUGAUUGCUGUUUUGGGAGGUUCAAUACUGGGGACAUUUUUGUCAGAGAAGGCCAUUGCCUACAUUGGAGGUGUUCUUUUUCUCGUCUUUGCUGCAGUAACAUUGAUUGAGAUAGUAACUUAGAGAUUAAAAAAAAAAAAAGCCUUCCACAUUUUCUACUUGAAUCUGAAAUUAGAAUUUGUGCAUUUUUUUUUAAAAAAAAAACUCAUAGAACACCGAUUCCUUCUAUUUCCAUUCGAGAAGUGUGAUUAUUGUACUUUUCUUAAUUAAUCGUAUGUAAUCAUUUUGAUAAUGGCUCCCUUCAUGGAUUACUUGUACACCAAGUUGAAUACAUUCUGGUUGAAUACCAUGAGAAUAUCUUGGCUA